UAUCUUCCAUCCAUUCCAUAUCCAAUCGAUUUCUCUAUUAUAAUUCUCUUUCCUCUCUUUAUUGAAUAUUCAUUUCUCCCUGUGAUAGUAAGCUGUGGAAGUUGAAGAAGAAUGGGGUCUGAAUCAAAGCUAGUCCAUGUAUUUUUGGUCUCCUUCCCUGGACAAGGGCAUGUUAACCCUUUGCUUAGGUUGGGGAAGCGUCUGGCUUCAAAGGGCUUGCUUGUGACUUUCACGACCCCAGAAAGCAUUGGGAAGCAGAUGAGGAAAGCCAGUAACAUCACUGACCAACCAACGCCGGUCGGAGAUGGUAUGAUCAGGUUCGAGUUUUUUGAAGAUGGGUGGGACGAGAACGAGCCCAAGCGCCAAGACCUCGACUUGUACUUGCCACAGCUGGAGCUCGUGGGCAAGAAGAUUAUUCCUGAAAUGAUCAAGAAAAACGCUGAACAAGAUCGUCCAGUUUCGUGCCUCAUCAACAAUCCAUUUAUUCCAUGGGUCUCUGAUGUUGCAGAUGAUCUUGGACUUCCCAGUGCCAUGCUUUGGGUUCAAUCUUGCGCUUGCUUGUCUACUUAUUACCACUACUACCAUGGCUUAGUCCCUUUCCCCAGUGAAGCUGAGCCCGAAAUCGAUGUUCAACUUCCAUGUAUGCCUCUUUUGAAGUAUGAUGAAAUCGCCAGCUUCUUGUACCCGACCACUCCAUAUCCAUUCCUGAGGAGAGCCAUCUUAGGGCAGUACAAGAACCUGGACAAGCCCUUCUGUAUAUUGAUGGAUACAUUCCAAGAGCUGGAACCCGAAGUCAUUGAAUACAUGUCCAAGAUCUGCCCAAUCAAACCUGUAGGCCCUCUAUACAAGAACCCCAAAGUGCCAAACGCCGCUGUCCGUGGCGACUUCAUGAAGGCCGACGACUGCAUCGAGUGGCUCGACUCCAAGCCUCCCUCCUCCGUCGUCUACAUCUCUUUUGGAAGCGUCGUGUACCUGAAACAAGAGCAAGUCGACGAGAUCGCUUAUGGGCUCUUAAACUCCGGCGUGCAAUUCUUAUGGGUGAUGAAACCGCCGCACAAAGACGCCGGCUUGGAACUCCUAGUUCUCCCAGAAGGGUUCUUGGAAAAGGCCGGCGACAAAGGCAAGGUGGUCCAGUGGAGCCCGCAAGAGCAAGUCUUAGCCCACCCCUCAGUCGCCUGUUUCGUGACCCACUGCGGUUGGAACUCGUCCAUGGAGGCUCUCAGCUCCGGCAUGCCGGUGGUGGCGUUCCCACAGUGGGGUGACCAAGUCACCGACGCCAAGUACCUGGUCGACGUAUUCAAAGUUGGGGUGAGAAUGUGCAGAGGUGAGGCGGAAAACAAGCUCAUCACACGGGACGAAGUGGAGAAGUGUCUGAUCGAGGCCACAACCGGUGAAAAGGCGGCGGAGCUGAAGGAAAACACCAUGAAGUGGAAGAAGGCGGCGGAGGAGGCAGUUGCAGAGGGCGGCUCCUCCGAUCGGAAUCUUCAGGAGUUUGUGGACGAGGUCAGGAGGAUGAGUAUGGAGCUGGUUUGCAAGUCAAACAAAAUUUGAAAGAGAAUGGUCAACGUCCUCAUGAUCAUAGGGUGUUUGGAAAUGUAUCAAGUAUAAUUUUGAUGUAGCGUGAAAUAAGGUAAGAGAACCAUUGGGUAUUCAAUGUUCAAUUACCUACUUUUUUCAUUCCUCUCCUAGAUAAAACGGUGUCGUCUCAUGGCACUUGUAUGUUUUCCCUUGUUUUGUCACCCUAACAUGGAAAUUAUUAUCAUUGGGUGAAUUGAUGAAUUGAUGAAUUGAUGGUCCCUUCCAAGCU